GCAGUGAGUAGGUGCUCUUGGUGUGGAAAGCGUCAUCGGUACGGUCGAAUGGAUCGCGUCAAAUUAUAGACACACAUGCAUAUCCACAUACAUACUUUAUAUAGAUUGACGGCUGUUGGCACUGCAUUUUUUGCUGAGAUUUUGUGCAAUGAAUAGUAUGUACAUAAAAAUAAUAAACAUUUUUAUUUAUUUUCAUUAAUAUGUGUGUAUAUUGUGUCUGAAAGCGUUCGGGUGAAGUGCUCGCAGUGGAUUGAAUUACAAUUAGUUUUCUGAAAUAAAUAAAUAAAUAAAAUACAGACAUACAUAUGCGCAUAUAAAGCCAAGAUCAGGCGGUUACUUACUAACUUUAUCUGUGUGUGUAGAUGUGUGUGCUAUGCGGCUGCAAUGACCAUUGCUCCUUCUAAGUAGCUUCUUGGGGAACUCACGAAAACGCAAAUUGUGAUAACCAAUAUCGCCAGCGGUUUUGAAUUUCACGUUUGAGUACUUAAGCUAAACAUAUUCGCACAAACAGAGGCUAAAAUAUGCACAUGUGCCACAUGAGUACAUACACUGAUUCGCAUUGUACUUUGCAAGCAUAUGUGAGUUUUUGUAUCCCCAUCCUCCACCUUCCUUCGGCAACCCCUCUUCGGUAGUCGUCAAUAUGCAAACGAGCAGCAGCAGCAGCAGUAGCAGUCACAACUGCCAUAGUCGCAGCCGUAACGAUGUAGCACCCAGAGCAACAGUCACUCCUGGUACGCCCGAUUCAGCGGGUAUACUAAUCGAUGCUGCGGGACAGGCUGUUUUUGAAAAACGCAAUAAAACGAUAAUGCAUUGCUUUCGCGACCGCACACCAAGUUAUACACGCACACAACAACAUCUAUGCAGUCAGAAUAGUCAGGAGCAGCCACUGAAGCAACAAGUUGGAUUUAUUCGCCGACGACAGAAACCAGUAAUUUAUUUAAAGGAACCCCGUCCAAUCAACAAGCUGGCGUUACUAAAAAGUGCAAGUACACGCGAUUUGUCGCGCUUAUUAGUUGAGGAAAGUACGUCCGUCGUUUGUACACCCACUGUAGAGGCAACACAUUUCAAUAGUGCAACAAAUAGCAGCACCAGCUCGGCAUGCUCAGCGCAGUCACCAGCAGAGGAGCACAAACGUCAGAGAGCACGUGAGCGCACAUACUGCGAGGAAUAUUGCGCGGAACGCAUUACCGAGCUGGAGCAACGCGUCACCCAGCUGGAACAGCAAGUGCAAAAUGAACGCACUGUUGGACAAGAGCUGUCCACACGCUUACAAGGACUCAUACAGCGUGUAGAAGAGCUGAACCAAUUGAAGGUGUCCGACAAACGGAAACGCAGCAGCAUGCGCAAGAAAACUGCACAAGCCAAUGCAAAUGUGAAUGCGCAGGUAUCGGUGCAGCCUUCAAAAUUGGUGGCGUGGAUGAAUUUGUCAAAUUGGUUUAAGCAGCGUCCGAGCAUUGCUACGCUGAAAGAGCAGAAUAUCUAUAAUGAUGAACCCUGCUUCGAUACUGAAAUCGAAAUGGUACUCAAACAUGAGGUGCACAAAACCGUUCCGAAAAUCGUUGUGGACUGCUGUGAUUUGAUCGAGGAACGUUACCGUAAGGCUUCGGAGCCCAUCGAGGGUAUUUAUCGGCAGUGUGGCGAUUAUAAUAAAAUGCAAAGUCUGCGUUUUCGCAUUGAUGCAAAUGAUUAUGAGUCAUUGCGUCAACCGAAUGUCGACAUUCAUACAUUAACUGGUGUGCUGAAGUUGUUUCUGCGGGAAAUCAAAAGUCCUCUUGUUAGUGCAAAUGAAGCGAAAACGUUUAUUGGAAAACCGAAUCAGUGGUUACUAACGGAUGUAACUGCGAAAAUCGACAUUCUAAAAAGACUGAUCCGUACAUUGCCGGAAGUUAAUCGUGAUACCAUGAAUUACAUAUUUGCUCAUUUCAACAAACUGACGAAGGUACCUCUACAGCAAGUGAGCGCCGAUACGCUUGCCAUUUCCAUUACACCCACGAUUUUCCAUCCCGUGCAUAAGGGCGCAAAUACACAGGACUUACAAGAGUUAAUUAAGGAGAGUCAACUGCUGGCAGAUUGUGUUAAAAUUAUGAUCGAAUAUUAUAGUCGUAUAUUCGAAUGCUCGGUAGAGCGACGGCAUAAACGCAUCAGUGUGCGACGCUUGCGCAAGACGCUCUCACAACCGGAUUUGAUUUUUCAAAAUUUCUUUUAAUUAAAUAGUCAUAUGACAAAUAAUAAAAUUAUACAGUAUUUAAAAAAAAAUAAAAAUUAAA